AUGAACUCUUCUUCCAAGCAACGUAUCAUCACUUGGUUGAUACUAAUCUUGAUUGUAUUAUACAUCCUCCACUCUUCAAAAUUUCUCCUCUUAACCAAUGACAAGCGAGAUUGUUCCACCUCCAGGUAUUUAGACACCACCACUGAAGAACAACUUGAGAUGAGUGGUAAUAUAUCUUCAACAACAGAUAACGAUGGAAAAACAGUUGCUCAAGAGGAAAAAAUAAGAGAUGAUGAAAAAGAAAAGGAGGAGGAGGAGGAGGAAGAAGAAGAAGAAGAAGAAUUAUCCAUUGAUCAAUUAUCUCAAAGACAGGAUACAGAGCUUAAACAUGUUGUUUUUGGGAUAGCUGCUUCAUCAAAUUUGUGGGAGAUAAGAAAAGAAUAUAUUAAAGUGUGGUGGAAGCCUAAUCAAACCAGAGGGAUAGUGUGGUUAGAUAACGAAGUGAGGACUCAAGCAAAUGAGGGGUUACCAGAGAUUCGAAUUUCUGGGGACACCAACAAAUUCAAAUAUACGAAUGUUCAGGGGCAAAGAUCUGCUUUAAGGAUUUCAAGGGUGGUAACAGAGACAUUGAAGCUUGGGAUGAAGGAUGUGAGAUGGUUCAUGAUGGGAGAUGACGAUACAGUGUUUAUGGUGGAUAAUGUGGUUAGGAUUCUAUCCAAGUACGAUCACACUCAGUUCUUUUAUGUUGGUAGCUCAUCCGAGAGCCACGUUCAAAACAUACAUUUUUCAUAUGCCAUGGCAUAUGGUGGGGGAGGAUUCGCUAUAAGUUACCCGUUAGCAAGAGAACUCGCAAAAAUGCAAGAUCGUUGCAUUCAGCGGUACCCUGCUUUAUAUGGCAGUGAUGAUAGAAUGCAAGCUUGCAUGGCUGAGCUAGGGGUACCAUUAACCAAGGAACCUGGGUUUCACCAGUAUGAUGUGUAUGGAGACCUCUUGGGCCUUUUGGGGGCGCAUCCUGUGACACCACUAUUGUCAUUGCACCAUCUCGACGUGGUGCAACCGAUAUUCCCGAUGAUGACCCGUGUACAAUCCCUACGGCAUCUAAUGAAAUCUGUGAAGCAAGACUCAGGUAGCAUAAUGCAACAAUCAAUUUGCUAUGACAAAAAGAGACAUUGGUCCAUCUCUGUUUCAUGGGGCUACGUGGUUCAAGUUCUAAGGGGAGUGUUGUCCCCUAGAGAGUUAGAGAUGCCAACGCGGACCUUUCUCAAUUGGUAUAGAAGGGCUGAUUACACUGCAUACUCAUUCAACACGAGGCCCGUGACCAAAAACCCCUGUCAGAAAGCUUUCCUUUUCUAUAUGAACAGAACUCGAUAUGAUCUAGCCAAGAAGCAAAUUAUCGGUACUUAUUCUCGUUACAAAUCUAGGCCUCCUUAUUGCACGUGGAAAAUGGAAUCACCUGAGAAAAUUGAUUCCAUCAUAGUUUCAAAAAGAUCAGAUCCUCUUCGCUGGCAAAGGUCACCGAGGAGGGAUUGCUGUAGAGUUCGACAAUCACGUAAGAGCUCAACUAUGUAUCUAUGGGUGGGUAAAUGUCGAGAGGGAGAAGUUAGUGAACUGAGUAUGUAG